AUGUCAGUGCUUAACAGUGACCAGUUACACCGCUCAACACUUGGAAUAUACGUGACUCUAAUGGAACAGUUCAAUCCAAACCUGCAAAGUCUGGUAGCAUUGGGGAAUAACUACAUUCAGGCUUUUCAAGCCCUGGCAGUGACCAGUGAAGCCUAUUUCACUGCUCUUGCAAAGAUGGGCGAACAGGCUUUGCAGACCAUGUCAUCUCAUUUACUGGGAAAUAUAUUAAUUCAGAUUUCUGAGAGUCAGAGGAGACUUACCACUGAGCUUGAAGGAGUGUUUAGCUGGUUUUACAAUGAAGUCCUCAGAGAAAUGGAGAAUAAUGUCAGACUGGACAAAGAUUACAUAUCAGCCAGUAGGAGACGCUAUGAGAUGGAGGUGAGGAACCAAGCAACAGCCCUAGAGAGACAGCUGAGGAGAGGGGGUUCAAAGGAUGGCAGUGAAUAUGUGCAGUUCCUAAGGGAGAGUCAGAGAGAGGCACUGAAAGAGCAAGAGAGGAGAUAUCGCUUUCUGGCUGAGAAACACUGUGGACUCACCCAGUCUAUUGUAUAUCUCAUCAACAAGACAGGGGGCGGCCUGCAGCAGAGGGCAGAGGGAUGGAGGGAGCAAGUCAACCAAACGAGAGUGUCCCGUCCACACACUCCAUCAAGACUGGAGGACAACAUGGUUGACUUUCAAGGCCAUUCUUGGGCUGAGCAGCCUUUAGGCAGGGUGCCUUCGAGAGGUCCUUCCCCCCAACCCGUUCGUUCCCGCUCCAGCUCUUUUGGUGAAUCUCUCGGAGUGGGUGGUGCCAGAAUAAUGCGAGCACUGGUCCCCCACUCUUCUUCAUCAAACCCCACCCUUCUAUCAUUUUCCAGAGGAGAGACAAUUACUGUGCUUGUGUCAGCACCCCAAAACGGCUGGCUAUAUGGCCGCUCUGAGAAUUCUGCUCGCCAGGGCUGGUUUCCAGCGGAAUAUGUUGGCCCUAUAGAGGACACACUCAGACCACCUGGCCCCGGUUCUCUUAGAAGCAGCAGCAGCCUGAGUAACAUACUUGACCAAUCAACGAGCAGCAGAAGCCAUGCUCCUCCACCUCCUCCCCCGGCACCACCAUCCAAAUCAAACAGCUCUUGGCCUGUCACACCGACUCCUUCAGAGAAAACGAGAAAAGAAGGCUAUGGUCCUCAACCAGAACUUUUCCCCAGAGGGACCAACCCUUUUGCCACGGUGAAGCUGAAACCCACCACAACCAAUGACAGAUCGGCUCCAUGCUUAUUCUAA